GUUUUGUAUUGAUCGAAGUACUCAGACACCGUGCGGUUUCGUCGUGCGUAAUUCAUAAAGGCGGUGACUCAUAAACUCAAAGCAGAAGCGGAGCGGUUCGUCGGUUUUAUUACACUCCGUGUGCACCAGUUCCCCUCGGACCCUCCAUAUGAAAGCGGACCGGCAGCGGUUGAAGAACAAAGCCAAAGAAUUCCUGCGAUCGCUGGGCACAUGUUGGAAGGAUCGCACCGGUAGGAAGAUGGAAACCGCACCGAAGACCGCCCGACGGCGCUCGCUGUUCAAGGCCGUGCUGAACGUGGCCCACAAGUUCCUGGCCCUGCUCGUCCGGUGGCUCUCGCAAACGAUCUACGGCGAACAUGGCAAGCGGAUGCCACCGAUCACGAACCUGAUACUGAUGGAAUCGGCCACCUCGCUGGCGGCCAAGAUCCGAACGCGAAAGCUGACGAGUGUCGAAGUGACGCAAGCCUUUAUCGACCGGUGCAAGGAGGUGAACCCGCUGCUGAACUGCGUGGUCGACGAGCGGUUCGAGGAAGCGCUGCGGGAUGCGGAGCGGGCCGAUAAGCUGGUCGCAUCCGGCACCAUGACCGUGGAGCAACUGGAACGCGAAAAACCAUUCCUCGGUGUACCGAUCUCGACCAAGGACUGCAUUCGAGUGCAAGGUCUUUUGCACACGUCCGGCAUUUGGUAUCGGCGGAACGUUCGCGGAGAGAAAGACGCACGCACCAUCGAGCUGAUGCGGCAGGCCGGGGCCAUACCGUUCGCGCUGACCAAUGUGUCCGAGUGCUGCAUGUGGUGGGAAAGCGUCAACACCAUCCACGGCCGCUCAAGAAACCCGUACGACGCGAAUCGUAUCGUCGGUGGUUCGAGCGGAGGCGAAGGCUGCAUCCAGGCGGCGGCCGCCUCCCCGUUCGGGCUCGGGUCGGACAUUGGUGGAUCGAUCCGUAUGCCGGCCUUUUUCAACGGCAUCUUCGGCCACAAACCGUCCAAGUUUGUCGUCUCGAACGAGGGCCAGUACCCGGAGGCACUGUCCGAGGAGCAAACCUCGUUUCUGGGAAUUGGCCCGAUGUGCCGCUACGCUACGGACCUGAAGCCGGUGUUGCGCAUCAUCGCCGACGAGCACGCGGCCAAACUGCGCCUCGAUGAGCCGGUGGACCUGAAGCAGGUCAAAUUCUUCUACCAACCGAACGACGGUGGCGCUCACCUUGUGUCGCCCGUCGAUCUGGACAUCCGCGAUGCCAUGGAAAAGGUGAUGGCCCAUUUCCGGGCCACGGUGAAAGCGGAGGUGCGGAAAGUCUCGCUCGAGAAGCUGCGCCAGUCGGCACCGAUCUGGUUCGCCAACAUGAAAACACCGUCCAAGAUUGGGUUCGAUGCGCAGCUGGCGAAUCUGCAGGGAACCGUGAACCCGUGGCUCGAGCUGCUGAAGUGGCCACUGAACCAAUCGCGCCACACGCUCGUCGGCAUCCUGACGGCCCUGACCGAGCGUGGUGGCGUUCAGUACGGGUCGGAAUCGUACCAUUACUACGUGCGGCAGCGUAACGAGCUGGCGGCCGAGUUCCGAGAGAUGCUCGGCGAGAACGGAGUGUUCAUCUACCCAACGCACCCGACCGUUGCGCCGUACCACAACGAACCGCUGAUACGGGCGCUCAACUUCAGCUACACCGCCAUCAUCAACACUCUGGGUCUGCCGGCGACGGCCGUACCGCUCGGUGUGGGCCGCGAGGGACUGCCGAUCGGGCUGCAGGUGGUUGGCGGUGUGAAUCAGGACCGUCUGUGCCUUGCCGUGGCCUGCGAACUGGAGCGUACCUUCGGGGGCUGGGUUGCGCCCGAGGUGAAGGCCUAAACACGGUGGCGCACCUCGCGGAAGGAUACACGAACCACCGGCACGUUGUUGGUUGUUCCAAUUAAAACGAACAAGAACAUGUAGGUAGAUGUAUUUUUCUCGUUUCUUUUUUACUAAAAUACACUAAGAUAUUUUAUACACACGGGAUACACACCGAACCAUUUAUAAUCCGAUUGGAAGUACAAUAAAGCGAGGAACCACCGGGGAGG